AUGCCUACACCAACCCUCCCUCUCACUCCAGCGGCCUCGACAGAGAUUGCGGCGCAGGAGAGGCCAUGGAGCUCAUCGGCUUCUGAAUCGAGUAUUACCCUUCCACCGCCUGCCUUGCAGUCUGCAGCAGAGAUUGGCUCGCAGAAUUCCAAAGCAACCGGCUCUCUCGCUCCAACCGAUACGAGAUCCGUCAACCGACCUGCCUCGGCCAGUACCAAGAAACUCAGACCCAUAUCUGAAGAUGAACCCUUUACAUUGCCAUCUCCACCGACUCGGUCUCGCAAAAUCAUCCACAUGAAGCCCCCCCGACCGCAGUCCGAGACUCAGUCACCUGUUAAACGCAGAAAAAUAACCACAGCAUCGACCCCAGACUCACCGGCAGCGCACAAGGCCUCCUCCUCGUCGUCAUCUAGUCUUGUCAACAACAUCAGUAAACCCACUAAGAAGGCCAUCCGCAAGACCGCUCAUUCACUAAUUGAGCGUCGGCGCCGCUCGAAGAUGAACGACGCUUUCGCCACUCUUAAAGACAUGAUACCCGCAUGCAGAAGUGGAGAUGAAAGGGAUGGCAAUGGGAAGGAGAUGCACAAGCUGGAUGUCUUGAACGCAGGGAUCGAGUAUUUGGCGUAUCUCGAGACAUGUUUAGAGAAGAUGAAUGAGAGGCAGUGGGAGGGAAAGAGAAUAGGUAGGAGGAUUUUUGGGCAAGAUGACGCAGAGGAUAUGGAUACCGAAAUGUCAAAGGAGGACGCAAGGGCGGCGAGUGCGGAAAAGCAUCUUAAGAGCCCGUCUGAACACGAGUAUCUACGUCAGCAGAUCAAAGAUCAGAAUGGGAAGAAAGAGAAAUACCCAUUUAUGCCACCAAACACGUGCCACUGUCACUGUCACUCUAAUAUUCAUGGCGAGGAAGAGCUUUUGCGUACAGCAAUGCCGCUCACCAAACCACAACCGCCGUCCUCAAACUUCAGCUCACAGGAGUACCUCACUGCCCACCUCACCCACCAUCCCACAGACGCAACCAGAGAAAUGGACAUAGAAAGGACCAGAGACCAAGAAGAAACCACAAAAACCGCCGCUGCACUCCUGAUGUUGACAAGCACAGACCGUCGAGGCAAAAGCAACAGCAACAGCAACAGCACCAACAUCACCGCAGACGCCCGUCCCAGAUUUAGCAUCAUUCCCACCGGUACCGUAAACUAUCAUCAAACCGGGACGCCUACAUGGAAGUCGCAUACUCAGACUCUGACACCAACACCGACAUCAACAUCAACAUCAACUAUCAAAACUGGCCUCAGUGUACGGGAUCUCUUGCUUAAAUAG